AUGAAAAAGGCUGGGGACGGGGUGGACCAGACGAUCAAGGCCACAGGGCGGCAGACAUCGUCAACCGCACCGACACCGGCCACGACAACGUCGACAACAACAAUAACGAGACAGGACAAGAAGAAGGAGCUAAGGGGGAGCGUUUCUCGUACUUGGACGGAAGCUUCCCGCCAAGGCAAGGAGGACAAGGCAAGAGAAGCGACAAGGAGAUCGGGUUCCAAGACCCACACGUGGGAGGGCUUGAGGAGAAACCGUCUCGCGUCGGCUUCCAGGCUAGAUAUCGGCGGCGACGGAGACUCCGUCACGUUUGUGGAGACAAUUGCAGAUAUCGUUGACAACGACGACGGCUUGCCCGAGGACUCAGAGCAGCAAUGCCGAGGGGAAUUGGAGCGGCCAUCGCCAGCUGUGGCCGACUCGUCUUUCGAGCCCGUCGGAAAUCGAGGUAAAAAAACGGCGGGCGGGGCAGCAACGAAGGAAGAGGAGCAAGGCAGCCAUUCCGGGACUGGGAGCAGGGAAUGUCAACACCCCCCUCGCGGUAGUCGUAGAAGCGGUGGGGGCAAUCAGAGGGGCACCCUGCCCAUGGUCAAGUGCUGGGAAGGAAGCCCUUUCGCCAAAGAGGGGGGAAAGGGGGGAGGGGGAGAGGAAGAAAGAAGGUCGCACGGAAGGCCCAUGAGGUCCCGGAGCCACGCGGACAAGACAUUCCUCCAGAGGACGUCGUCAGGCGCGAGGAACCCGUCGUCGUUUGUCGUCGCCAUUGAUGGCAAGAACACCCGCAACAACAACAGAAUGGAGGCAGGCAGCGCUGGUGUGGCGGCGACAAUGACCGAGAGCGGGGGAGGAGCGGCCUUCGGACGGGCAUCGAGUGAAGGACUUCGUGUCCGGCAGCCGGGGGGACGACGAGCAGGAAUGCGGGCAGUGCGCGGAGGCGGCGGCAGCGGAGGCGGCGGCGGGACCUUGCCCUCUUCAACAGCAGACGGUGACCGAAUACCGGCGCGCGGGGGGGCUUCUACCGCCUCGUCGACGUCUCCUCCCCCGCAGCUGCAGCUCCCGGUGGCCUCCGCGGAAGACACGACGUGCUUCGGCCUCGCGGAGAGCCGGAGCGUCUCCAGCGCAAACAGCGCCGGCGUGGUCCAGGAGCAGCUGUCGGUAUGUUCCUCCUUGCCGCCCAUGGGGGGCACGGGGAACGGGACGGGCGCGGGGGGGGUCGCCGCGGCGGCGACGGACCUGAUCUUCGAGGAGUCCUCCUUCGAAGACAGCGUCGCCUCCGUGUCGCAGGCCUCGUCGGCGGAGAGGUGCGGCGUCGAGGCGCUCGGCAGCGGCAGCGACGCGAACGGCGAGGGCGGCGGCGGACGCGGCGGCGGUGGUGGCAUCGGAGGGCGAGGAGGGAAACGAGGGAGAGGAGGCCCCGCUCCGCGAAAACGCAGCCGUUCGUCUUCUGAUGAGUUCGUGCGGACCAGGCCGGGCGCGGGAGAGGUCUUUCGGGUGCAAGAGCUGUCGGACUGUGACGAGGAUGGGCUAGAAUCCGUGUUGGCGACCUCCUCACCACCGGCGGUAACGACGGCGGCGGCCGCCACCGUCGCUGCCGUAAACAUGGGGCACCAACGGGCUUCCCUGGAGCUGCGGAACUUGGCACUUGAGCGCGAGGUAGAGCAGCUCAAGACCUACCUUCGAAGCAUGGGAGGCGAUGACGUCAUCAACACCGACCGCCAUCUCCACGGCCUGCGCCCCAGGCCUCGACCACACCAACAACAACGCGUCGGCGAGCAGGUGCUGCUGCACCAUUCCACCGCACCCCCUCCCGUCUCAGACCCCCCUCCUUCCGUCACUUACCGGAGCGGCGGCGGCAGCGGCAGAAACGGCGGUAGUAGCUGGCGAAGCGGCAGCGGUGGUGAUGUGACCGCACGAGGCAAAGCCAACGUCGGGCGAGCGAGAAGAUGGUCGGACAGCCGGAGAGGAGGCGGCGCGCCGGACCCGUCAGUCGUUGGAAUACAUGCCGGCAGGCACUCUCCGCGCGCGGCGGGCGAGCCGGACAGCAGCGUUGCUGCCUCGCAAGACGACACCACCGUCGUCGUACGCGCGCAACAGCAGCCCGCUCCUUCCCCUCCGCGAAAGCGCGGCGGCGGCGGCGGCGGCGGCGGCCGGGCGGCGGCCGCGGCGGCAACAGCGGAGUCCCCGGCCACUUCCCCUCCCGUGAGAAAGCUCCGAUCGGAGAGGCUGCGCUCGCCGGUUUGCGCUGCUGGUGCGUCGGUGGCCCAAGCGCCAUCCCAUCAAGGGGGUAGGGGUACCGACAACGUGCCACCGUUGCUGGACGCGACGGAGGUCGGCCCUCUCGACGGGUUUGGGGGAACGAGCAAGAGCGACCACCGGGAUGAGGACGAGAAACCUGUCCUUGCGAGUAAGCUCGGGCGUUCUUGGAUGCGUUCGAUGGUUUGUUCGUGA